GUCGACUGCGGACGGAGGCGUUUGCUUUGCUCUAAGCCUGCCGCUCGCCAUGCUGCCCCUGGGGACGCUCCGUCGGCCCCUCGCUCUCGCCGCCCGCCUGUCCUGGGCCUGGGCCCGGGCCCGGGCCCGGGCCCGGGCCCCCCCGCAGGUACUUGCAUUCCUUGCUACAGGGCCCAGGCAAGAUAAUAGUGUUUUCUAUGAAAUUCGCACGUACGAUAUUAAGCCAUCAAAGAUGAAGGAGUUUGUGGAUAUGGCCAACAAGUACUUUCACCUUCGCGCAGCUCACUCGGAGAUGGUGGGAAUCUGGUCUGCAGAGCUGGGAGCCAUGAAUAAGGUGGUCCACGUUUGGAAGUACGAUAACUUUGCCCACAGAGCAGCAGUUCGACAUGCACUAGCCAAUGACAAAGACUGGCAGGGAAAAUUCAUCUCUCCAGCUCUCCCCUUGAUAGAAAAGCAGUACAAUGAGGUUGCUUAUCUGGUACCCUGGUGUCAGCUUGAGAAGCCUCCAAAAGAAGGGGGGGUAUACGAAUGGGUUACUUUCCAGAUGAAACCUGGUGGGCCAGCAUUGUGGGGUGAAGCAUUUCAAGCUGCAAUCAAUGCUCACAUCAAUACAGGUUACACCAAACUGAUUGGUGUUUUCCACACAGAGUACGGAUUUCUUAACACAGUCCAUGUGAUCUGGUGGAAUGAGAGUCCAGAUCACCGGGCAGCAGGAAGGCACAGAGCUCAUGAAGACGCCAGAGUGGUAGCAGCUGUGCGGGACAGUGUCAGAUUCUUGGAGUCCCAGCAAAAUAUGCUCCUAAUGCCUCUGCCAUGCUCGUCACUGAAGUAACCCUCUAAGGAUGCAACUGAUGGCAGAAAGGACAAGACAGAAGUGCUGUCAGGAAGUGCUAUAAGAUGGAUUGUCAAACCCUCGCGACCUCAGCUGUUCUUCAGUUUACAGUAAAUAGAUGCAAAACAUUGAUGACUAGCAGUGUAAAUCAGUAAAAUUUUGCACCCUGAUAGCAAUUGCUGAGUUUAUGGUGAUACUCCUGCCUCCCCAGGAAACAAAACUUGAGCCCUAUCACUUACGGCAUGAACCACACUUUACCCAUCUUUUAAUUUCUUAGUUUAUGAUACGUGUCUGCAUAGGUAGAUCACUUACCAAACCUUGCAAGUUAAGUGCUCUUUUCCAUCACAGCUCAGAGCCAGUAUCAUUUUCAUAAUGGGCUUUGGUGACUCUUGUUAAUUACCACAUCUUGGAUAUUGCAUACUGGGUUAAGAAGGAAUGCCCCCACAUAUCUGUUAACCAAUUAUGUUUUAAUUAGGCUCCUUACUGGGAUGCUUUGUAUUAGUUCCGAAUCAUGAAAAACAUCAAUGUGGCUGGAAUUGCACCUAGGGUGGUGCUGCAGUGGAGCUGGUCUGGUAGUGUGUCCCAGUGAACUCUGCUGCAAUACAAGUAUUUAUUCAAUUCAGCUCUUUCCUUUCUUGUUCAGUAGGCACUUUCUCAAAACUGUAGAUGAUACACGUAAUGCUUUUCCUUAGGUAUCUUAAUAUUUCUCUAGGCUGUCAAAUAGGCUAUCUUGUUCAACUGUGUAGUUAAACUCAGCUGAAAGUCUUCUAAAUACUUUUUGCCAGACUGUUAAAAGCUAAAUAAAUGUGUAUAGAGCAUGAAUUCUAUUGCUUACA